ACGGUAUUAAAGCCUUAGCAUAUUCACCGGCUUUAACCUGACAAUAGACUCCUGUGCCUACUAUGGAUUUGUCUAACCGUAAAUAUUUACCGAUGCCAUUUGCUAUUGUUACUAAAGACGUCAAUCUUGAGAUGAAUCUGACAGACCGCUAUACCCCUCUGAUGGCCGUGACCCCACUCCGAUGGUGUCUCGGGGAAAGUGGGAUAUGCACACACAAAAAAAAUCGCGCCUCACACUUGUACAGGUUACACAGUUGUGUGAAACUGGACAAAUAUAAGCGCCCCCUAAUUGACCUUUGACCUUAAGGUUUUUCAGCUGGUUCACUUGAAUGUCAAUCGUGCACUUUGGUAGGCACUAGUGUGAUGCAAGAGCACCGUCUACUGUCAGUCUAGAGUAUUGCGACAAAGUGGUUAUUUUCAUAUCCAUACUGUAUAUAUCCCAAGUACCAUUUGUAAAAGUGGUUGUAUAACCCUUAUGUAUACGUAAUACAUAGUAGUGACAAUGGUACAAUUAGGCAGUAUGAGGCCAAUGGUUUAAAGUUCAUUGUCAAUUACAUUCUUCUUCCUUCCUUUCCCAAAAGGUUGUUUACAGUAGAUUUAACUCCUCCCUCUCCCUUCCCUGAGGGUUUAAUUCCUAUUGGAUGACUGACUGUAAUUUGAGAUAGAAGAUGCCCCAGCAGGUUUAACCAACUCGACAACACCUGAAACCAGGUGGUCUCAGUCCCUGUCCUUCAGCCUUAUCGACAUGAGCAACUGGGGGGAAACAUCCAACAUAAGUUACCAGCAAUGGAGGGAUCCUGAAAUCAGUGUGGUGACGUUUCGAGGCACAGCGGGAGACAGUCUGCGUCACGAUGAGGAGGAGCAGUGUGGAGACUAUGAGGUGUACACCACGGGGAUGCAGACUGUGGACCUCGGGGAGCGCAGGACAGGACAGGACCCCACUGAAGAUACCUUUACAGUGGAGGAUGCAGUGGAGGCCAUUGGCUUUGGAAAGUUUCAGUGGAAGCUUUCUAUCCUUACUGGACUGUCAUGGAUGGCGGACGCCAUGGAGAUGAUGAUCCUGAGCGUCAUAUCCCCUCAGUUGCACUGUGAGUGGAUGCUGCCCAGCUGGAAGGUGGCUAUGCUAACAUCGGUGGUGUUCAUUGGGAUGAUGUUCAGCUCGACUCUAUGGGGAAAUAUAUCUGACAAGUACGGCAGAAAAGUAGGCCUGACGAUGUGCAUGAUGUGGGUCCUAUACUACGGCUUCCUCAGUGCCUUUUCCCCGGCGUAUGGCUGGGUCAUGGUGCUGCGCGGCCUGGUGGGCUUUGGCAUUGGAGGAGCCCCACAGUCGGUGACGUUGUACUCCGAGUUCCUCCCAAGGAAGUCAAGGGCCACCUGCAUUAUGCUGAUUCAGAUAUUCUGGGCCCUAGGCGCUGUGUUUGAGGUCCUCCUGGCCAUCUGGAUCAUGCCUACCAUGGGCUGGCGGUGGCUGCUUGGCCUGUCUACUGCACCCCUGGUGGUCUUUGUUAUCUUCUGUUUUUGGCUGCCAGAGAGUCCCCGCUUUGAUGUGCUUUCGGGAAACAGGGAAAAUGCUAUGAAAACGUUAAGACUCAUCGCUGCUGACAAUGGGAAGACCAUGCCUCUUGGGAAGCUUAUUGCCAAUAAACAGCAGGAGGAGCGUGGUAGGAUCCGAGACCUCUUAACUCCUCAAUAUCGCAGAACCACCCUUCUCCUGUGGUUUAUAUGGUUUGCCAAUGCCUUCUCCUACUAUGGCCUGGUCCUCCUGACCACUGAGCUAUUCCAGGCAGGAGAUGCAUGUGGUGUCAUCACCCAAGGUGCAAAGACUGAGCCAAAGUGCAACCUGGAAUGCAAAUACUUGACGUUAGAUGACUACAAAGACCUACUCUGGACCACCUUAGCUGAAUUUCCAGGUCUUUUUGUGACAUUGUUUUUGAUCGAUCGGAUUGGCAGGAAGAAAAGCAUGGCAAUGUGUUUUCUGAUGUUCUCUGUGUGCAUUCUGCCCCUGAACGCUUGUGUUGGAAGGGUAGCUCUGACAGUCUUCAUCUUCAUCGCCAGAGCAUUCAUCACUGGGGGGUUCCAAGUUGCUUAUGUCUACACGCCUGAGGUAUAUCCCACAGCCACCAGAGCUCUGGGCAUUGGGACCUGCAGUGGGAUGGCCAGGGUGGGUGCCCUUCUAACUCCCUUUGUGUCACAGGUGCUGCUCAAGAAGUCUGUGUACCUCACACUGUCUGUGUACUGCAUCUUUUGCCUGCUGGCCACAGGAGCGUCCAUGCUGUUGCCCAUUGAGACCACAGGCCUGGGCCUGCAGGAGUCUAGUCGAAUCACAGCCGGUCAGGAGGAGAUGAAAACAGGCCAGAUGUCAAAUGGCUCUGAGGCUUCACCAACGCACACCAGCUAUGGAUCAUCCUAUAACAGCUGAUGAGGACAAUAGGGAGUAAGCCGUUGAGAGAAAUAAAGGGCACUUAUUCCCACUUUAGUCUUAUCAAGUUAUUUCUCACGGAUACCACACAAAAGGAUAUUAAAGAUGGGACAGUUUACAAGCUGGAACCCCACGCAGACCUUAUUGGAUGGGGAGAGAACUCAAGUUACAGCACAUUAGCAAGACUCCACUUCAGUUUGCACACCAGCAUUUUUAACGGGACUUUGAUGACUGAGUAUUUAUAGAUAUUGUGUAGCCUGAGAGGCUCAGAUCAUUUUUCUAUGAAUUUUGCUAUAACUAUUUUGAUAAUUUAAGAGUGUUCAUAUUCAUUAUUGCAAUACAUGGGUGCAUAUCUGUG